AUGAGCACGGCCGCGGCCAUGCUCCUCCUGGGCCUCCUGGCUUUGACGGCAUCGUCCAAUUUUUGUCGAGGCGCCGUCGAUGCGGAUCUGGAUCGCGUGCGGGAGGGCAUGAUUCGAAGGGGCUACGACUGCGAGCGGCCGGGCAGGGCGGAGCCCGGCGAUUGGACCCUCGACGAGGUUGCCGAGAGACUGAGGGUGGCGAAAAUUGGGGCCGGGGGGACGUUGGGCGCAAGGGGAAGGGAGGUUUGGAUCGAACGGGGCUGGGGCGAGCCCGAAGAUUUGGAGGCCAUGACGGUCCUGGCCGACGGCACGGUGUGCAUGAGGCUCAAGAACGAGACGGAAUUAGGGUUUUGGGGGAAAACGGGCAGAAAACUGGCCCGCGGGCUGGUGGAGGGAGAUGGUGUUGACAGGUCAACGGUGGGCGUUGACCGAUUUGGGCGAGUUUUGGCACAGUCGCCGGACCCGAGGUUUGGGGAGGAGCCGGGGCUGCCGUCAACGUCGGGGGGAAGGGUGCGGGUGCCGGUCGAGGUGUCCGCCGACGAGCCAUUCAAGAUGAUUGGCCAGGUGGGUUCGUUCUGCUCCGGUGCGCUGGUGGGGAAAUGCCACUACCUUACGGCAGGCCACUGUGUGUGGGACCCAGAUACAGGAAGGUUCUCUGCAGGUGUGAAUUUCAACCCAGGGAGGAAUGGCCAAGAGAUGGCGCAGCCGCUGGGGAGGUACCAGGCACUGCAGGUGUACUCCUCUGUUAGGUGGACUCUCUUUGGAGACGUCACCAAAGAUGCGGCCAUCGUGCACGUGUCUGGCACUCCGGGAGAAGAGUUAGGGUUCAUGGACUUUGGCAGCGAUGCCACAGGCACCGUGGAGUUCAACAGCGCAGGCUACCCUGGCGACAAGCCCUUUGGUGAGAUGUGGUUCGACUUCUGCCAGGCCAGCCUGCCACAGUCACCCCUGGACCAGGGCGGCUUCGUGGCACAUGACUGCCAGAUCUACAAUGGCAGCUCAGGAUCGGCUGCAUGGACCUACGAGGUGGAGGGCGGGGACCGGCGCAUCGUGGCAGUGGUGAACGGUGCGCUGGUGUUCCUGUCGGUGGAUUUUCCCUUUGCGGUGUUUUUGGAGGGGAGCUUGCUGAAGGAGCUGAAGAGCGUGAUCGAGGAGAUGGAGUGUGUGUCCUAG